AUGGCACGAUCACCCACGACCGCGACACUGCUCUCCCUCGCAUGCGCGCUUUUGCCGGCAGCUGCAGUCGCGGAAAGGAUCAGUGGCAACAGCGGGGUGGGAUACACUCUUGGAGAAGACAUUCCAGUAUCCUGUCUCAAUCGGACAGUUGAAGGAGAACAUAUCACAGAUGACCUGGGAAAGCUACAAUAUAUCCCCUUCGCAACAUGCAAUGAGACUUCUCGCCCCCUCGCCCUCCACUACGGCGUCUCCGAAACAAUUACUUGCACGAUCCCCUCCCUCUCCGACUCCCUCUACCACCUCUAUGAAUUCUACGUGCACUCCGACGUCCCAAUGACCUGCCGCAUCCCCACAGCGCCCUUAUCAAGCACCACAAGAGCAGACAAAGAGUCCGAAUCUGGCGAAGUCGACUCGCUCGCGGCGCUGAAAGAAGACGGCCCGCCCUUCACCCCAGUCACCGUCGCGCUGCAAGGAACACUACAGCUCAGCCACUUACACAUCUGGACGGAUAUGAAUAUGCUCAUGCACAAUAUGGCUUCCGAUCCUGCGGCACAGGAACUGCAGCCUAAACGAGCUCAGACGGGGCAGCCAGGGUAUGCGGUUGCUGGCACGGCGUACUCUACUCCCGAGUUCGAGGCUACUGUUAAGGGCCUUGCCCUUGAUAAUGACGAGGAGGCCGUUGCUCUUGCGCAGGCUGCGCGCGAGCCUUGGACUACUGGACAUGGUACCAAAGUUGUGCGUGGUGAGCCACUGACCUUUUCUUUCCAUGUUGCUUGGGUUGAAGGUGGUGCUGGUAUUGGGUGGCCGGAAAGGCCUACGUCUGGCUCAUUUCUGAGUGCUGUUGCUACCGGGGCGAGUCGAAGCUCGAGCUCUGGAGGCUUCUUCUCGAAACUGUUUUUCUUCAUCAUGGCUGCUUCCGUUGGCGCUCUCGCUGCGCUGUACUGGGAGCGCAAUGGCGGUCGUCUGCGUGGUCGCUCUGGCUGGCAAGGUGAUGGUAUCUUGGGCGUGUCCUCUUCCCGGGGCAAAGGGCCCGGCGUGACGUUUGGUAACGGUGGGCGUAUCAACGGCUACGGCGGAUACUCUGCGGCUUCCAAUGGCGCGGGAACAGGCGGCGGGGGAUAUGGAUUCCCUACUGGAAAAAGGGAUUGA